UUUUCAUGUACAAUGGAAAAUUUUGAGUUGGUACACGUAGCCAAUUAUAGAUUGCCAUAUAUACGAAUAAUUACAAAUCAGACUGAAAGAUCCAAAUCAGUACCUACACGGUAUUCACGUGGUCGCACGUGCUUCCGUAACCCUGUAAAUCGACUCCACACGGGUGGGUCAAUUGCGCAAAACCCCAUUUUCGGCUUAGCGGUAAAGGAAAAAGAAGAGGAAGAGAAAGAAGAAGAAAGAAAGAGAGAAAGAGGAAGAAACUUGUCAAGCAAGCGAGAAAGAAAGAUGGGGAAAACCUCGGCAACCAAGCAAGCCAUGGUGGUGUUCGGAGCCUUGGCGUUUGGUUGGAUGGCCAUUGAGUUGGCUUUCAAGCCGCUUCUCGAUAAGGCCCGUUCUGCCUUGGACAAGUCCGACCCGGCUCGCGACCCUGACGAUGUCGUUGAUGACUCUGCUGCUGGGAAAUCUUCAACUGCUGAUGAGAAGACCGGUGAUGAGUGAGGUAGAAUCGGAAGGCUUUCAUUAGUUAGUAGUAGUAUUAGUGGUGGAAAUUUUGGAUUAUAAUAGAACUUUGUUAUUGAACUCUUUUUUUGGCUUCUAAUGAACUUUUGCUGUGAAACAUUGUGCUAAUUUUGACAUGCAGACUAUGUGUUUGACGGAUUGUUUGAAAGGAUGGGUUUGAUUUAAAUUUGGAUUUACUUUGUAGAUGUUUGAAGA